CUGUUUACAUUUUCUACACGGACACUAUUCCACCGGACCAAAGCUAAGUUGUCUGGCGAAAUGGAAGUGAAAAACACUAACGCUGCUAUGCUCAGUAACUAUGAGGUGUUCAAACUCCUGACAGACCUGAAGGAACAGAGGAAGGACAGCGGGAAGAGCAAACACAGCACCGGGCAGCAGAACCUCAACACCAUCAUGUAUGAGACGCUGAAGUACCUGUCAAAGACGCCCUGCAGCAGGCAGACUCCAGAGAUCGUCAAAGAGUUCCUGACCACCAUGAUGCCUCACAAGCUCACAAAGGCAGAAAAACUGCAGCUAUUGAACCACCGGCCACAGACAGCAGUGGAAAUUCAGCUAAUGGUGGAGGAGAGUGAAGAGCGGUUAUCAGAGGAGCAGAUUGAAGAGCUCAUCCACACGGUGGCAGACGUCCUGCCUGGUGACCCGGAGCAGGAGAACGCAGCUCCAGCAGAUGCAGAAAUGGAUGAAGCAGGUGAACAGUCAUGACAAAGUGACAGGCCAGAGAUGACCCAUGGGUGGAGAACUGGUGUGAAGGCUAAAAUUAUUACAGAACUGGACUGGUUGCUUUUACUUUCCCCAUUUAGCAUCACUGUUUGAACUGAACUGCAUGCUGACAGAAAGGAUGCAUAAUGGCUGCCUGGCUUUGGCUAAAUGGACCUUAUCACAUUUUAUGCCUCAUUAAAUGUAUUGUGUUAAGAGGAAUCAUUCAAUGAAUGGAAGAAGAUUGUUUGUGAUCUGCGAACAUACGACUCAAAUACGCACACACGUUCAUAAGUACAGGUUUUUGAACAGUGGUUCAAGAGAUGUCUUGUUUUGCAUCUGACUGGUCAAAUUUGUAUUUUACAUCAGAUAAUGUUUAUGCGGAGACAGUCUGCUAUUAACCCGGUAUAUUUUUGCUUUCUGACUCAAUGUUAUUUGUCAGUUUCAACUGUGGUGCAUAGGAACAAGGGUUUUUGCUGCUGUAUGAUUUCCCAAGCUGUAAUAUAAGUCAGUCAUGCAAUUAAACUUUGGUACAGCACUAA